AUGGCAUUCAAUCAUAGAGAAUUCUAUGAUACUCAACUUGUAACUUCAGCUUUGAAAACAAAUAAAUAUUCCCAUUUAAAGAACUGCUCUAGCUCUGUGAGUAAAUUCAUCCUUUUAGGCUUCCCUUAUACCUGGGGAAUUCAGAUCCUCCUCUUUUCCAUCUUUUCUGGGAUAUACAUCUUGACACUCAUUGGAAACCUGUGCAUCAUCUGUGCUGUGAUGGGACCUCAGCUUCAAACUCCAAUGUACAUCCUGCUGGCCAGUUUUUCCUUCCUGGAGAUCUGGUUUAUCACUUCCAGUCCUAAUAUACUAGCCAACAUUCUCUCUGAGACCAAGAUCAUCUCUUUCUCUGGCUGCUUCCUGCAGUUCUAUUUCUUCUUCUCCCUGGGCACCACGGAGACCUUCUUUUUGUCUGUCAUGGCCUUUGACAGGUACCUUGCUAUCUGCAGGCCCCUACACUACCCCACUGUCAUGACAGUUCAAUGCUGCAUCACAAUGGGAACUUGCUGCUGGAUGUGUGGCUUCUUGUACUUCCCCUUGCCUAUUUACCUAAUCUCUCAGCUCCCAUUUUGUUGUCUCAAUAAGAUUGAUCACUUCAUAUGUGACCCAGGACCCCUUAUACAGUUGUCGUGUGUGCCAGCUCCUGCCACCGAGAUCAUCUGUGUCAUUUACAACUCUGUCCUCAUUUUCUCCACCUUAAUCUUCAUUACCAGCUCCUACAUUCUAGUGAUCAGGGCUGUGCUGAGGCUCCCCUCAGCAGAAGAAUGGCAUAAGACUUUUUCUACCUGCAGCUCCCCUCUGGCUGCAGUGUCGCUAUUCUAUGGCUCUCUUAUGGUUGUGUAUGUGAUCCCAACAGCAGGCAGUGCAGCAGGGAAGCAAAAAUAUGUGACUCUGUUCUAUCCUGUGUUAACUCCAUUAUUCAACCCCUUGAUCUACAGUCUCCAAAAUAACGAGAUGAAGAAGGCUCUGAGAAAAUUAUUUAGGACUGUAAGAUUUAGUCAAAGGCCUGGAAGAAAUCUCUGA